AGCAAAGGGAAGCUUGAUUAACCUCGGCCAGUCUAAUAAACAGACUGAGCGGAGUGUGUGUGUCCUGCUGAAGUGUGAUGAAGUGGGGGAGGUGGGCUGAGCUCAGCGUGCAGUAUACACUCUUGUUUUCCGGCUCCUCCUCUCGCGCACACCUCGGCAGGGUAGCGCGCGCGCCGCAGAGCCACAGUUCGAGCCGAGCCGCCAUGGCUGAGGAGGCGAAGAAACUGGCCGCUUACGCUGCUGUGGACAACCACAUCCAGAACAACCAGGUGGUUGGAGUGGGGAGCGGCUCCACCAUAGUCUAUGCUGUGGACAGACUGGCUGACAGAGUACGGCAGGAGAAGUUGAACAUUGUAUGUGUUCCUACGUCCUUCCAGGCUCGGCAGCUGAUUCUGCAGCAUGGCCUGUCGCUUUCAGAUUUAGACAGACACCCAGAUCUGGAUGUAGCAAUUGACGGAGCUGAUGAGGUGGAUGAUUCGCUCACUCUGAUUAAAGGAGGCGGAGGAUGCCUGACUCAGGAGAAAAUCGUAGCCGGCUGUGCCAAACACUUCAUUGUCGUUGCUGACUACAGGAAGGACUCAAAGGCACUGGGGCAGCAGUGGAAAAAAGGUGUUCCUGUGGAGGUGGUCCCUAUGGCGUACGUUCCUGUGUCCAGGGCCAUCACGCGGCGCUUUGGUGGGGAAGCUGUGCUGAGGAUGGCUGUCAGUAAAGCGGGCCCCGUGGUGACUGAUAACAGCAACUUCAUUCUCGACUGGAAGUUUGAGCAUGCUCAGAACUGGAAGGAGGUCAACACUGCCAUCAAGAUGAUCCCAGGUGUUGUGGAGACCGGCCUGUUUGUGGGAAUGGCUGAGAGAGUUUACUUUGGGAUGGAAGAUGGAAGUGUGAAGGUCAGAGAUUCUCAAGUGAACUGAAGAAACACAAAGAAACAGAAAGCUCUGUCCUUUCCUGUCCUUGACACCUCAAGUGCCAGUGCAGUGCACACAAACACAUACGCACGCACACACACACACACACACACACAGCCCUUUGUGUUGUCUACUAAGAGUAGUCAGAGCUGCCACCCCUGCUGGCAAAGCGGUACACCAAUACAACAUUCCCAAUGAUCUUAUGUAUGUAUAUGUCUAUGUGUUCACCUGUCUGUGUGUGUGUGUGUGUGUGUGUGUUAUGAGAAAUUAUACACGCAGAUUCAUCAUGAGGGGUUGGACUGUGUAUAUAGGCUUGAUUAUGUUGUUUUUCAUCCUCUUAUUGUCACAGUAUGAGUAAAUGUGAAACUGUUGAAUCAUCCUGGCUUUCAUACAAGAUGCAGUCCCGACCUAAACAACUAGACAGGUUUAAGCCCAGUCUAACUAAAUAAUCAUUAUUCAAUGAUCUGGGAAAAUGCCUUAUUUGUGUUUCUCACACUUUCUCUCGCACUGAUCUCUCACUUUGUGGCUCAUGCAUAUUUUCAGUCAUUUUGUGUCCAAAUUGUUAUCUGGUUUCAGUUGUAAUUUUGUUUAUGUUCAACCAAAGCAUAACCGGCAUCUGAUAAUAUAAAGCAGGAGUAACUAUUCAAUACAUGUGUAAUAGUAUCAAUAUACCAGCUUACACACACACACACACACACACACACACACACACACACAGAGUCAUCUUUCUUUAGAUCUAAUCAGUUAGCAGUUCUGGCAGUACAAUCUUUUUCUGUGUGGCUCAGUUUCAGGAUGAACCACAUGCCAUAUAACUGAGUUAGGAUUAAAUGUUUAUUCUUUAAUGUGCCUGUAAACUGGUUCACCCCAUCAAGCCUUACCUUUACACACACAGAUCUGGAAUGGGCAUUAUGAGUUCGACAACAGUAUUUUAAACACCAGCUUAAUUUUUUUGCAAGUUUUGUUACCAACAUUACUGUGAUUUAAAGGUUUUGAUUUUUGACCAAACUUCUAAGUUGUUAUGCUCUUAUAUGACUGAAGACGAAAAGAUUAAAACAAAACUGUUAACCUAUG